AUGACCCAAUUCAGCGGCGAAGACUCCAAAGCUCCUCCCUCUUGCUCCAUCUCUAUCAAGUCUUCCGACUUGAAUAAGACCGAAGAACAUGAGAAUGAGCACGUAAGCAGCAGGGCACCAUGUCCAACGCACGGCCCGAGCCAGUCUGAGCGUUUCGAUCGGGAAUUGGAAAGACCACAAGCGCAGGAAAUUAUUCGUGCAUUGAAACAGGCUCUGAACGAUAUCAACGACCAAGAGAAGUGCACUAAGUGUGCCGUUGAGAAUGCCUCCACUGUUCUCACCACUCAAGUCCGAGAAAUCAGAGAAGCCAAGCGGAAUGGGGAAUGGACCAAGGAAGAGCGAAAGGCACUCAAGGCCGAGACCAAGGCCAUUUUCAAGCCUGUGAAGAAGAGCAUCAAGGCGCUGUGGAAAGAAGGACGAUAG